UCAGGUUCUCGAUCAGCCAUGACAGCUCAAUUUGCAGCGGCGGCAGCGGUCCUGAUCAGUUGCCUCAUUGCUCUUGCAACACUUGCAAGCAGCAACUCUGAAGGUGACAUACUGUACAAGCAAAGGCAGGUUUGGAAGGACACAAACAAUGUGCUGCUGAGCUGGGAUCCAACCCUUGUCAACCCCUGCACCUGGUUUCAUAUCACCUGCAACAAUGAUAACGCUGUCAUCCGUGUGGAUUUGGGGAACGCAGGCAUCUCAGGGCCUCUGAUUCCAGAUCUGGGAGGACUGCAGAACCUCCAGUACCUCGAGUUGUAUGACAACAGCCUGAGCGGUACAAUACCAGCAACGCUGGGUAACCUGACUAAACUUGUCAGCUUGGAUCUUUAUGAAAACCAGCUUACUGGACCAAUACCGGCUACACUUGGCGCCAUCGGCACCCUGCGAUAUCUGAGGUUGUAUGAGAAUAAGCUAACCGGGGCUAUACCAACGUCUUUGGGCAAUCUAAUUAACCUACUGGAACUGAAACUUCAGAACAAUGCCCUGAGUGGCUCUAUUCCGUCGUCUCUUGGCAACAUCAAAACGUUGCAGUUCCUGAAGUUGAACCAGAACAUGUUGUCCGGUACAGUUCCAUUGGAAAUCCUUUCUCUUAUCAUUUCUGGGAAUUUGACCGAGCUAAAUAUUGCAAAGAACGACUUGGCUGGCACAAUCAAAUCAUCAGGAUUCAGAGUGACGGCGAUUAUCCAGGACAAGCUGAAGACUGCAUGA